UCAAACGCACGCACCAUGGACGGCACUGCAUGCGCACAUUAAAGGGGCUCAAACAAGCACCGGCUCUGGGAUAUCAGGGUCACUUUGGUCCUGUUUUUCUUUUUCGACAGUUUUUCACUUUUUUGAAGAACUGAACUGAGUAUUUGUGCUGCGAUCACCCGGAGAGUUUUUUCUCUUUCUUUCUUCUUCUUCUUUCCAGCGCCUGGAUGAUGCAGAAUGACUUGCACUGUUAGUAAAUGGCUGCUGGUUUGGGCUUAGCGAGUAUCCAUCUACGAGCACUAUGAGUGGAUGAAAGCAACCAGCCUUUAAUCCAGAAAGGAUCCCUCUUCCCUGUUUUAAGAGUCUACUAACAGUGUGUAAGGACCACUGGGAGUACAAGAAUCAGUCAAGGGCACUUUCACUCCCCCUCUGCCCGCAGGAAGAUGGGAGUGAGAAAAUAAGCACCGUGGAUUGAAGAGGAGCUUAAUGAAUGCCAAGGAAUCCUGAACCAGGGUGUGUUUGUGUAUGUCUGUGUGACCGGAUAGAGCAACCAUGUGGACAUUAGCUACAACUGUCCACUGUCUCCUGGCGGCCGCGCUGCUGUCGGCCAGCCGCAUCCAAUCAGUGAUGGUCGCCGAGGACGAUGUCACGCCACGCAUCAGUUUCCCGUACAAUGCAAAGGAGAGGUCGGCCAAGAGAUUCUCAGUGGAUGGCGUCUUCAAUUACACCUCUCUGCUGCUGAGCCAGGAGGACGACAUGCUGUAUGUUGGAGCCAGAGAGGCGCUGUUCGCCCUCAGCCUGUCCGACAUCAGCAAGACCAAACUGCAGAAGAAUCUGACAUGGGGCACUCCUGCUGGAAAGAGAGAGGAGUGCAGCUUUAAAGGGAAGAACCUAGAGACUGAUUGCUUCAAUUAUAUCAAAAUCCUGCUGCGGCUUAACAGCACUCAUCUUUAUGUGUGCGGGACCUAUGCCUUCAGCCCUAUCUGCGCCUACAUAAAUACGUCAACAUUCUCACUGGAGAGAGACGAAGUGGGUGAAGUUGUGAUGGAGGAUGGACGCAGUCGCUGCCCCUUCAACCCAGAGUACAAAUCCACCGCCAUCAUAGUUGAUGGAGAGUUGUACACCGGUACUGUCAGCAAUUUCCAGGGGAAUGAACCUGUCAUUUACAAGAGUCUUGGUCAGGCAACUGCCUUGAAGACAGAAAACUCUUUAAACUGGCUGCAAGAUCCAGUCUUUGUUGGGUCAGCUUACAUUGAGGAGAGUCAGCCAAUAGGCAACUCUGUGGGCGACGACGACAAGAUUUACUUCUUCUUUAGCGAGGCGGGAAAAGAAUUUGACUUCUUUGACAACACCAUUGUGUCGAGGAUUGCUCGCGUGUGUAAGGGGGAUAAGGGAGGCGAGCGGGUGCUGCAGAAGAAGUGGACCACGUUCCUGAAGGCCCAACUCCUGUGUUCCCUUCCCGAUGACGGCUUCCCGUUCAACAUCAUCCAAGACAUGUUUGUCCUGAAGCCCAUGGGAGACAGCUGGGAGAACACAGUUUUUUAUGGGGUCUUCACCUCCCAAUGGUAUAAAGGCGCAUCAGGCAGCUCAGCAGUGUGUGCCUUCACCAUGGCCCAGGUGGAGAGGGCCUUCAGCGGACGCUACAGAGAGGUCAACAGAGAAACCCAGCAGUGGUACACCUACAACCAUCCUGUCCCAGAACCACGGCCUGGUGCGUGUGUGACCAACCAUGCCCGGCAAAUGGGUAUCCAGUCGUCCUUACACAUGCCUGAUAAAGUCCUCAACUUUGUCAAGGACCACUUCCUGAUGGACAGUGUGAUCCGCAGCCCUCCCCUGCUGCUGAAACGCAGUGUGCGCUACACACAGAUCGCCGUGCACAAGAUCCAGGGCAUGGAAAGAGCCUAUGAUGUCCUCUUCAUUGGAACAGAUGAUGGAAAACUGCAUAAGGCCAUCAACACCAAUGACAAGAUGCACAUCAUAGAGGAGAUGAAUCUGUUUCCUGAGCCUCAGCCUGUGCAGCACAUCGAACUCGAUCCUCAGAGGGGCCUGUUGUUUGUCUCAUCCUACUCCGGGCUGGUGGAGGUUCCUGUGGCUAACUGCUCCAACUACCUGAGCUGUGGAGAGUGUGUGUUGUCCAGAGACCCCUACUGCGCCUGGACCGGAAGACUGUGUCGAGAUGUCAGGAUGGCUCCGCCUGACAGUCACUGGCAGCAGGAUGUAGAAGAGGCUGAUACUUCAGCUAUUUGCAACAGGACAUUCCCCAGCGCCCGAUCUCCCAGACCAGCAACCUCCCGUGGCUCCCAUUGCCAGCUCAUAACUAUCCCGGCCAACACCUUCAGAGUCCUGCCCUGCAAGCUGCGCUCCAAUUUAGCACGGAGGAGGUGGCACUACAGUGAUAGUGCCAGCCAGUUCCUGUACGCCACUCCUGAGGGCAACCUGGUGGUGGUGGCGCAGGCCGACAAGCUCGAGACCUACGAGUGCUGGUCGGAGGAGGAGGGCUUCCGUCAGCUGCUGGCCAACUACUGUGUGAGGGCAGAGCCUCGGCAGGAGAGCACCACUCUGAUCGGUCACUCGCGUACGCCGCACAUCGAGCGAGAGGAGACCAUCAUCUUGCCUGGAGAGUCGCGUUCCGCACAGGUCCACACCAAGACCUACUGGAACGAACUGAUCGUGGUCUGCACCCUUUUGGCGUUCUCCCUGGUGGUGUUUUCCCUGUUCGUCGUCUACAGGAACCGCGAUCGCAUGAAGUCCAUGCUGAAGCAGGGGGAGUGCCCGAACAUACAGCAGAAGAAGCCAAGGAUAGUAGGGAAGCCCACCGAGAGCUUACCCCUUAACGGUAACACCAUACCUGUCUCCACUUCUGACCACAAGGGCUACCAGACGCUCAAUGACAACUACAUCUGCAGCACGCCAACCCACGAGUCCUCGCCAGACAACAGCAAGAGCUUCUCCGAGGCCUCUGAUAGGCGGCCACUCAACCUGAAGGAGAGCCACGUGGAAUACUCCCCAACCUGCCCUCGGCCCAGAGUCAGGUUAGGCUCAGAGAUCAAAGACUCGAUCGUAUGAGUGUGCACUGGACGCUUAAGAUGCUAACGCUGUAUCUCCAUGGAGGUGCAGGCUAAAGCCACCAAGCGAGGAGAGGAGACACUGACACCCUCCCACAUCACAGCACAUCUUUUUAUUUUGUGUCAUCUAUAAUCUGUGAUCAGUACGGAGGUCAUUUUCUUUAACCAUUUCCACUCCGAAGCCAGUGGUUGUUCCUGUUUUCAUGGGGUGGAGAGUUCUGCUGUGUGGAAGAGGAAUCAGCGUGACAUUCCGGUUUCAACCAGAAUCACUGAGCCAUGGCAGCUGAUAAGAAUAGUUGUAACACAGUCCUCAUUUGCCUGAAUCAUUCUCAUAGCCACUAAUGGUGGGCAUGUUUGAGUGUGUGUGUGUGUGUGUGUGUGUGUGUGUGUGUGUGUGCAUGUACUCGUGCACAUGCUCUGCAGAAGAUUGCAAUGUCUAUUCUUCUGUUGUCGAGCAGUUGCCUCAGUAGCACGAUGCUACAAGUCAUGCAAACUCACCAAGAAUUCAGGUCUGGGAGAGGAUAAUAAUUUUAAUGCAUAUACAUCAUAAUCCAUACAUUAUGAACGCAAAGUCAGAAGCACACUGAUUAACCCUUGCUCAACAAAAUGUCCAGCUGUAUAAGGAUAACGGUGAUGAAAGAUGAGGAUCAGGUAGACCAGGAGAAGACCACAUAUUAGAUGGAGUCUUCUUUAUCCCGUGAGGACACGAAUGAAAAAGACAGCGACUUGAAGAAAGAUAAAGAGUUGCCACUGAUCAACAAAUGUGCUCGUAAUUGAUGUUGCAGGACCUAAAUAAAUAGUGUUUCUCAACCAUUAGAUUACUGUGCCAUGGUAGCUCAAAGCUACAUGAAUCAAAAAAAAAAAAAAAAAAGUCUCCAGUCAUCUGAGACAGCCACGUUCAUUGACCUGCAGGAC